AGCCUUGUAGGUUGUAACUUGGGUGGGUAUAAAAAUAAAAUAAAAUGGUUGGAAUGACCUACUAGUAGUACUAGUCUAUAAUAAUAAAGAGAUGCAUUGAGUUAGGAGAGGUUCAGGUAUCGAAGUGAUUUAAAGAUACUGCUUUUCCUUUAUAUAAAUACCCAACCGAACCACUUAUUGCAGCCUCUUUAUUGCUUCUUCCUCCUUCUACUAUUUACAAUUGUUCCGUUACUAUCAUAUUCAUUCACACUAACCAUUUCUUUUACUUUCACAUUUCAACUGCCUCUUACUCACUCACAGAGCAUCCAUCAUCGUCUCAGGCUUUUCCUCACAACUCUACGAUCGUAGAUCUUCCACAACUCCGCCACCGGAGAGAAAACGCCCUAGCGGAAUACAAGAACUCGAAGCUCAAAAUUUUCAACUUAAAGAGGAAUUGAAGAAUGUUAGGAGCAACUGAAUGUGUCUGAAUAAUGCAAUAAGCAGCUUGAGUAGAUUGCUAAUUGUGAAAAGGCAUAUACCAGAAUAGCAGAAUCACCGGGCCUAGAAUUACAAAACUUGAAGCACAAGUUAUCAGAAUCACUUUCUCUUGUGAACAACAUGAAACACCAGCUCCAAGAUUGCAAAGAGUCGGUUCAGGCUCAACCGUUGGUGAAUGAGACUCUGCGACAACUCGAGGCAGCGAAAAGAACUGUCGAGUUCUUGAGAGCUGAUGCUGCAAAAGCUGUGCAUGGAUACAACUCUUCUGCUUUAGAGUUAGACAAAUCUAGAACAUGCGUGAUUUCACACGACAGUAAUUUGGAAAUAGAAGAAAAAAGAUUGCGAAAGGGAGAUAGUACUAAUCAUAUUGAAAUCGAGUUUCGUUCUUUGAGAUCUGAGGUUGAAUUUCUUAGGUCUGCGAUAGAGAUUGCCGAGACUAAAUUCCAGGAAGAACAGAUUCAGAACACAGUGAAGAUUAGGAACGCCUACGAGUUAAUCGAACGGAUAAAAUCCGAAGCGAAUCAGAGGGAAUCAGAACUGAAAACAAAGAAAGCUGAAAUUGAGGAGUUGAAGGAGAAACUGUUGGAUAAGGAAAAUGAGUUGCAAGGUAUUGUAGAUGAGAAUGAGAAGUUGAACUCAAAGCUUGAAAAAAAUGUGGCGUUGUCAACGAAGAAGGAACGCGAACUUAAGGAGGAACUUAAAAGGUUAGACGAAUGUGUAGCGGUAAUGAAGGGCGAAAUGAUGGAUAAAGAAACAACAUUGCAAAGUAUAUCAGAAGAGAAUGAAAUUCUGAAGAUGGAAAUCAAUAAGAGGUUCACAUUCUCAAAUGUCGGUAUGAUGAGCGAUGAAGUUGCAGCCGAAAUAGGGGCGGCCAAGGCUGCAGAACGCGACGCUUUUGCAAAACUUAAGAUAAUGAUUGAGGAGGCAGAUAGGAGCAAUAAUAAGGCGGCAAGAGUGACUGAGAUGCUCGAAGCAGCACAAGCGGCGAAUACGGAAAAAGAAGCUGAAUUGAAGAGAAUCAAAGUGCAAUGUGAUCAGUGGAGGAAGGCUGCCGAGACAGCUGCUGCAAUGUUUUCGACAGGGAAGAAUGGAAACAUCGCGGAGAGAUCGAUGUCUAUGGACAAUAACUACAACUGCAGUGUGAUGAAGAGUAAUAAGUACUCAAACUUUUAUGAAGAGAUUGAUGAUUGGAGUGAUUUACAAAGGAAGAAAAAUGGGAAUGUAUUGAAAAAGAUUGGUGACUUGUGGAAGAAGCCUCAGAAAAUCACUGGUUGAUUCAUGAAGUGCUUUUGAAUUCCACUGUCCAGUAAGUUUUUGCUGGAAUUUUUUGUUGUGCAAUUCCUUUUUGCUAUGUUAGUGCUGACAUAGAUUUGAAACUGUUUUGUGAACAUUGUUUGAUAGUUUAGCAUUAAGUUGUUGAAUGAAAUAGACAUUCACCUUUC